AAAUUAUUACAAAUUAAUUUUUGAAUGUAUUUCACUGGUUAUUUUUACAUUUCCAAAUACAUGUUACUAGAGUAUUGCAACUUUUUUUUAUGGAAGGGGCCCCGGAAAUUGCUUUGCCCCAUGCCCCCUGAAUCCUCUGGGCGGCCCUGCAUUAGGGAGCCUACCAGCCGCUUGAACUCAACGACCGUCGCUCCCUUCAGCCUGGGAAGGUGCAAGAGGAGGAGGAGGCAGGGCCCGGCGCUGGGUGGGAGGUGGAGGAGAAUUGGGGUGAGGGGGCGUUGGCUGGGUUUAAAACUCCUCAUAAAAGGCCUGGUUUAGUGGCUACCCUUGCGGGCUAGUAACAGCGGCCGCAGCUCCCCAUGGCGAACCAGUCCCAGUGCCUGGAGGACGCGCCCGGCCGCUGGCCCCCCGGGGAGCCGAGCUCGCCCGAGCUCUACAGCGAGGCGCAGCGGCUGGCGCUGGAGGAGCUGGUGGCGGGCGGCCGGGCCGCUUUCCGCGCUUUCCUGCGCCGGGAGAAGGUGCCCGGCUUCCUCUCGGAGCCCGAGAUCCAGGCCAUCCUCCAGGCGGCCGCGCCGCCGGCCGGGGCCGAGGACGGGGCGGCCGAGCCCUCGCUCAGCGCCUCGCUGGACUGCUCCUCGCUCACCUACUUCCCCGAGCAGUCGGACGUGGAGCCGCCCGUGCUGGAGCUGGGCUGGCCGGCCUUCUCCAGCGGCUCGUACCGCGGCCUCACCCGCGUGGAGGCGCUUUUCCAGCCCAGCUUCGGGGAGACCAUCUACAGCUGCAAGGAGGCGGUGCGCAGGCAGAUCCGCUCGGCCAGAGAGGUUAUUGCUGUGGUUAUGGACACCUUCACAGACAUUGAUAUCUUCAAAGACCUUCAGGAAGCCUGUAGCAAGCGGAAAGUUAGUGUGUACAUCCUUUUAGAUCGUGCUUCAUUUCCCCACUUUUUGAAAAUGUGCAGAAAUCUAGGAGUUGAUCUUGAGCAGGAGAAGCUGAUGAGAGUUCAAACUAUAUCGGGAAACACUUAUUGCACAAGGUCAGGAGUCAAAAUUGUGGGGAAGGUCCAAGAAAAGUUUAUCUUGGUUGAUGGCAUAAGAGUGACAACAGGUUCCUACAGUUUCACAUGGACUGAUGGGAAACUAAGCAGCAGUAACAUCUUGAUUCUGUCGGGACCAGCAGUCGCACACUUUGACCUGGAAUUCCGGAUCCUUUUUGCUCGGUCAAAGCCCAUCAACCCCAAACUGUCAUCCAGUUGCAAGAAGAGUGGAAUGUUUAAUCCGCUAGUUAGGAGAACAAAGGCUUCCAGUGACUUGAUGAAGGAAAACUUCUUGAGAAUGGAUUUUUUCUACCUUAGAGCAUUUGUAGGAAACAUGAGAAGGAAACAGAGCUUCUUGUAUGCCUCCCGGGAGGCAUACAAGUGUGAGUCAAAUAUCAUCAUGCAAGCAUCUCCACCGUUGACUGAGAGGAAUGUCUCUGCAGUCAUGAGGCCACGUUGGAGCAUAGAGAGGUGAGCACUGUCCACUCAACUUGAAAGAUAAGAGCCACUGUGCCCAUAUCCAAUGCUUCCAUGCAAACCAAUGUUGUAAUGGUAGCCACUGGAAAACAAACCUCAAAUUGAGAGAAGGCAAUACUCACAGUGGUUCUACUGAAGACCACUACAACUCAGGCCAACAAACAUAAGACUGGUAUUGUCUCUGCCUCCAAGGUGUGGAUAACUCUUGUUAACUUCUUCUAGUUUUCAGUCAUUCUCCUGUACUUUCCCAUCCUCUACUAGAUCAGUAUCAUCUUAACUCAAUGGCUCUGGUUAUUCUAAAGACUCUAGCUACUGAAAAGAACAAUGCUUAAAGAUCUCCUUCUGAAAAAUAAAUAGAGGGGGACACUCUUCUGCUCUGAAAUCAGGUCCAAGCUCAAUCCUGUGUUUGGCAACCUCUCCAGCCAGGGACAUUUGACUGAAAAAUGACACAUGGAUAGCCAAACAUAACAUAUAAUCUCAACUAGAUGGAAAAAGAUCGAUGUCAGCCUACUGGGCCUCGGAUAUCACACCCUUUCUUCAAAUGAACGGCCGCAGCUAGGUGGAGCAAGUUAGUGCAUCAGCUGCUUUUAAGCACUGUUGUUUGCAGUGUUGUUGUGGCCAUGUUGGUCUCAGGAUAUUAGACAGACAAGGUGGGUGAGGUAAUAUCUUUUAUUGGAUCAACUUCUAUUGGUGAAAGAGACAUGCUUUUCAAGCUUACACAGAGCACUGUUGUGAUUCUACCUAGGCAACUUAUUACACAAUGCACAGUGAAGUACUUGAAGCAUUAAAACAUAGAAGUGCCUUAAUUUGCUAUUUGCUAUUUGAGUUUUGAACAAAUUACAUUAUUUUAAAUAUACAAUAUCCUUGUUGGGACUCGGAACCAGGGUGGACCAGCAGCCCCCCCUAUCAGCUCCCCUAAGUUCCCUGUGGUGCAGCCGCCCAGCAGGCUACCAAUUGAUGGGCAGUUUAGCUGUCCCUCCCCCCGUGCCGUGUGCUGCUCCUGCCCUCUGCCUUGGAACUGCUCCUGGGAGCCUCCUGCUUGCUGUGUGAGGGUGGGGGGGAGAAGAGGGGUGCUAAUGUCAGGGUGUUCUCCUGCCCCCCCUCCACCCUGUUCCUUUACCCCAUCUCCACAGAGCAGGGGUGGGACACGACAGGGCUCAGGACAGAGGGAGAUUGCUAGCAGCAGCUGCUGUCUCAACUUGCUGAUCUACUUAAAAAGGCAGUGUACUUAGAGUGGGGUCAGCGUACUUAAAGGGGCAAUGCACAUCUCUCUCUCUCUCUCUCUCUCUCACCCACAUGGGGGGGUGUGUGUGUGUGUGUGUGUCUCUCUCUCUCUCUGACACACACACACACACACACACACACACAC